GUUUUAAUCUUAGUUCACAAAAUCCUUCAUUUCACUCAUUUUAUUUCUCCCAAUUCUCCGUUGAAGAUGAAAGCAUUCGUAAUUUGUGUGUUCUUUGCUGUAGUUAUUGCAGCAGCAUCUGCGGGGUGGACAUGCAUGACAGAAAAAGACAGAUGCGGAGAGGAUGAGUGUUGCGUUAAAUUUGGACUGGCUGCCACCUGCAAGAAGCUUGGAGAAAUCGAUCAAACAUGUGAAGUCCACCCUGGUAAAAUGCCAUUCAGAGAUCAUGUCUAUUUAGCGAUGUGCGAAUGCGCAAAAGGUCUGAAAUGUCUGCCUAAAGAUGGACUUAUUGGGAAAGUGCUAGGUACAUGUCAAGAAGAUUACAGUGGAGAGGAAGAGUAAGAGAAGCAAACAUUCUCACCAAUGAUAAUACCAUUCUUGGCAUCUAUUUAGUAACAGUUGUGUGUAAAAUAAUAAUAAAAA